AUGACUGACAUUAUCUUUUCGAAAUCUGCGACAUAUGAUCCCGUUUCUUUAGGCGACAAUACGAGCACUCAUUCUCAAUCAUCAGAGAACCAAGACUUAGAAGACCUGCCUUUCACUCCAAUACCAAAGCGGAAAUGGAAAAGAACCCUUUUAGGUGGUAUCAUCUCAGCAGUACUCGGCUGUCUGGCAAUAGUCGGUGCAUUUGAUAUUUUCCACAGAGUAGGAAGUAUCGCAUCGCAAAGGCAACACACCCAAUCACCAUGCUACUGUGGUCAUUCAUCUGCAGAAGCCCGCUCCUUGGAUUGUGAGUACAUUCCCAUGGCAUCGGCAUGGCUUCCACCACACUGCCGCGACACCUACCUCGAAACCGAAUUCGACAAACUCGGACCCAAUCCGGACAGCACAUGGACUUACUACGCCGACUACGCGCGAACCACACCUAUAGCCAUAUCCACAAUCUCAGAGUUCGCCGGUUCCACAACUAGGUUUUAUAAUGAAUGGCAAUGGCAUGUUAUGCAUUGUAUGUUCUACUGGCGCAAACUACAUCGUGCGCAGUUCUCCGGCGUCGUGAUUGAGCCAAGAUUUAAUACGGAUGCACAUAUCGGUCAUUGUACGAGGCUGAUAUUGAGCAUGAAUACGACAAGUACCACCGUUAGUGGCGUUGGAUUGGGAAGUGAUAAGUGGACGAGGGAAGAGUUAGAAGAUCCCGCUAAUUGGCGUGAUGUUAGGGAUGGCUAUGGGAAUCAGCCGCCCAAAGGGUAUCUUAAUGAUAUGGUUAUGAAUACUUGA